AGAUCCGAACCGGACACAGCGAACAAUACCAAACUCGAGAUUUUCCGUUUUCCCCGUCGCGCACACACUCCCUCCCUCUCUAGAAUCAACGUUGAAUUGCAAUUGUAGCAAAAUUGUAUUGUAAUAUUUCCAAUCUCCAACGUUGGAUUUUUCCAACGACGAUGCUGUCACUGCAACACAUUUGAAUUUCUAUUGAAAAAGAAUUUAAAUUUUUUUUUAAAAAUGCGGAGGCUGCUUGGGAAGAUUGCUGGGUUCUUGAGCAAUCGAACUAUGGUGGGAGUCGAUAAAUCAGGGAACAAAUAUUUCACUAGAAAGGAAGAGAUUGAUGGUAUCAUGAAAGAAAAAAGAUGGGUGAUAUUUAAGGGAGAGGAUGAUCCUACCUCUAUUCCAGUUGAAUGGAUAUGUUGGCUGAAUGGACAGCGUAAAAAGGCUCCAACUCCAGAGGAAAUGAUAGAAUUGGAAGCAAGACGUGAACGUGUUAGACAGAAUGUUGCUCUUCGCAAGAAAGAAGAAGAGGAAAGGAUGGCCAAAGAAGGCAGUAGAGGCAAACGUGCCAGCACUGGAAAAAAUGGUGGUCCAGACUUGAAAAGUUUUAUUCGGCAAUUUCCAGUUCCUUCAGAAGGUAAUGAAGUUGAAGAAUCACCUAGUGCAAAGGGUGGCUUAAGGAAUCCUAGAGAGGGCUUAGCUGAGAAAGCAAAAGAUGAGUCCGAGUCUUCAGAGCCAACAGGAUCUGGUGCGUCUUUUCGACCAGGAACCUGGCAACCUCCAACUUGAGCUUUCAUUACAACUAAGAAGGACUUGCUGACUCCAACAUUCUUGUAUUAGCCUCACUCUCUGUUUUGAAAAGCCGUGCAUGAUAUUUAUUUGUUCCUCAAGAAUUUUGAUAUAAUUCUUGUGUGCACGUUUCAAGAAAUUUUAAUUCAUUGAUAAUUUGAUAGACAUUUGUCCAAAGAAUACGACCAAUAAGACAACCUGAUGCUUUCUGCAUUUGCAAUGCGUCUGCAUACUCUACUGAGUAAUUGGGUUCUUCCCAAGUAGAUUUUGUUGCAGCUCUCAAAUCAAAGUUUUGUUAACUAUGCAGCUCGUUGAGAAAGGCAUUUGUACUUUUGGUUGCAUUUGCAAGGACCCUUGCCAGAGCCUGAACUGUAAAACCGAGAUAACACAGAACUCAAGAUUAGUAGCCUUAGUUAUUUGUCUAUGAAAAAGUGGAUUUG